CUCAGUUCGCUUUAUCCUCCUCUGUCGCUAGUAAAAUAAAAGGGGGCUGGACUGAAGAGACGGAGAAAAAGGAAGAGCCGGAAAAAAACUGAUACUAUGAACAGCACUUCCCCAAACAUGGCGUCGAUAGGAGACUUCGACCCACUGAACCAGUCUAUUCCUGCCACCAAAGUUGAAAUCACGGUGUCCUGCAGAAACCUGCUGGACAUGGACACCUUCUCCAAAUCAGACCCAAUUUGUGUUCUCUACACGCAAGGCAUGGGCAACAAGGAGUGGAGAGAGUUUGGGAGAACAGAGGUGAUUGACAACACGCUAAACCCAGACUUUGUGAAGAAAUUCAUCCUGGACUACUUCUUUGAAGAGCGACAGAAUCUCAGAUUUGACUUGUAUGAUGUGGAUUCGAAGAGCGCCAACCUGCAGAAACAUGACUUCUUGGGCCAGGCCUACUGCACCCUCGGAGAGGUGGUUGGAUCGCUUGGCAGUCGCUUGGAAAAGCCUCUCGGAGGCAUUCAAGGGAAGAAAUGCGGGACCAUUAUUGUGAAAGCUGAGGAGCUGAACAACUGCAGGGAAUCAGUGAUGAUGCAGUUCUGUGGGACCAAGUUGGACAAAAAGGAUUUCUUUGGCAAGUCAGAUCCGUUCCUGAUUUUCUACAGGAGCAAUGAGGACGGCACGUUUACCAUUUGCCACAAGACCGAGGUGGUGAAGAACACGCUGAACCCUGUGUGGCAGGCCUUUAAAAUCCCAAUGAGAGCUCUCUGCAACGGGGAUUACGACAGAACAAUCAAGGUUGACGUGUACGACUGGGACCGAGACGGCAGCCAUGACUUUAUCGGAGAGUUCAGCACCAGCUACAAAGAGCUUUCUAUGGGACAGAGCCAGUUCAAUGUCUAUGAGGUGGUAAAUCCCAAGAAAAAAGAAAAGAAGAAAAACUACAAAAACUCUGGAACGGUAACGCUGCUGUCAUUCCUCUUGGACAUUGAAGUCACCUUUCUGGACUACAUCAAAGGAGGGACCCAGAUCAACUUCACGGUGGCCAUUGAUUUCACAGCUUCCAAUGGAAACCCCGCCCAGCCCACCUCUCUCCACUACAUGAGUCCCUACCAGCUGAAUGCCUACGCCAUGGCCCUGAAAGCAGUUGGCGAGAUCAUUCAGGACUACGACAGUGACAAGAUGUUCCCUGCGCUGGGCUUUGGAGCCAAACUGCCUCCAGAUGGACGAGUGUCCCAUGAGUUUGCCCUGAACGGUAAUUCUCAGAACCCAUACUGUGUAGGUAUUGACGGUGUUAUGGAGGCCUACUACCAGAGUCUGAAGUCUGUUCAGCUCUACGGACCCACUAACUUCUCCCCUGUCAUCAACCAUGUAGCAAGAUAUGCUGCUUCUGUGAAGGAUGGUUCUCAGUACUUUGUGCUCCUCAUCAUCACCGAUGGUGUUAUCUCAGACAUGGCUCAGACUAAGGAGUCUAUUGUCAGUGCUUCCUGUCUCCCAAUGUCAAUUAUCAUUGUGGGAGUUGGGCCUGCAGAAUUUGAUGCCAUGGUCGAGUUGGAUGGCGAUGAAGUUAGAAUCUCGUCCAGGGGAAGGUAUGCAGAGAGAGACAUUGUGCAGUUUGUUCCAUUUAGAGACUACAUUGACAGAAGCGGGAACCACAUAUUAAGCAUGGCCCGGCUUGCGAAAGACGUACUGGCUGAGAUCCCGGACCAGUUCCUUUCCUACAUGCGGACCCGGGGGAUAAAGCCUUCGCCAGCGCCACCUCCCUACACGCCACCAGGACAGCCAGUUCAAACCCAGAUAUAAAGAGCAGGCUGUAAAAAGUUAAAGUCUUGCAGUCCGGUGUUCUCAGAACUUAAUGCGCAAAAUACUUCCGUCUCCUUAAUGCCGCUCUCCAUGCUUUGCCGUCAUGGAUGACAAGGGUUUUUCUUAUGGUCAGGAAGUUGCACGUCAGGACAGGAAAGAAGUGCUUUAGAAGGAAAACUCAGCAAGAGUCUGUUUACUUCCACCAUCAAGCAUUCCUAUAAUUGUCUGGAUUUUGAUAGGAUAUUUAUUCUUUUUCUUCUAAUGUGUGUGUGUGUGUGUGUGUGUGUGUGUGUGUGUGUGUGUCUGAGCAAAACCCAGAAAAGCUUUGGAGAGAGCUGAUAGUCAAACUGUGCAGAGAUAACAGAAGUAAAGACAAGAAGAGGGAAAUAGUCUAGAUUUCUGUAAAGAGAAUGUCUCCAGACAGAAAACAAAUCACUUGAUCUUCUGUAAAAACAAAAGAAAACUGUAAGGAAAUAUGUAUCUUCUUUCUCAGACUCAUUGUUUACAGUAAAUGCUAACAAGGAUUUUUACUGUUGAUACUUUUAUAUGCAUAUAGUUUCACUAUGAAGGAUGUAAUACUUCCUCUUUUCCUGGCAUUUAUGUCAGGUAGCUGCAGUGCAGGUCCUGGUAGCCCUUCUGUACUGUACCGUACUGUGCUGUACCGUACUGUACUGUAAUCUGGUGUUGGUAUCAACCUUUUGCAUGAGUGUAGCCUCAGUCAAGUGCAUGCAGAUAGUGGCCCUCCACUACCUCUUUUAUCCAUACAUUCGUUUGUGGGAGGUAAAUUCAGUGUCUCGUACUUAAUUUCUAUUCCUUUGUGCCUCUCAAUCUUUUAGUAGCUGUGUUUCCAUCCAACCUAUUUAUCUCUUCUAUUUUGCCUCGCUUUACAUAUAAUUAAUUAGUAUUAGUAAUAAAACUAAGUCAAACGGGAGGUACUAAUUAUUUCAGUGUCUGAGAAAUGUUAAACCCGAUGCAGAUAUAUUCUGCAUACAUGAUUCCCUAAUGUGUUCUGGAAUUUUUAGCAUUAUAGACUCAGCAAUGUGGUGGACAGCUUUUCUCAUCUUCAGAGUCCAAAGAAAGGUUCAAAAUGUUGUGAUUAUAACUUGUGAUGUUUUGUGCACCACUCAAACCCUUUACAACAUACACUUAGGUAGUAAAUACAAUGCGAGGGGCAACCGUUACAUGGAUUCCACCUGUAAAUAUUUGGAAGGUAAUGGGAUUGUAAUCCAAAAAUGUUUCUUGGCAAAAUUUAGUGGUUCACUAUCUACAUAAAGAAAAUGAUUCUCAAUUUUGAAGUUUCAUUUUUAACCAAUAAAUGAACAAACUGCUCUAAAUGCUGCAUGUUUUUUAGUACUGGGCUGAAAUGCAUUGAAAAGUUUAGGUCCCAACCAACCAACAUUGCCCCAUUUUCCCUUUAGCAUUUUUUUGUUUCAAACGGUCACAAUACAUUGAUACUAUUAUAACAUGUUAUAAUAUCAAAGCAUUUAGUCAUUAAUAACCUAUAAAAGAUAAUGUUAGUAAUAGUACGUAUAUGACAUCUUUGAUUUAACACACCUCUGACUACAAAUAUAAUUUUUUCAAACAGUUUGUUUCUUGAAAAAUUAUAUGUGGAGUUUCCACUACUGUAAAUAAUUUAAAUCAAAAUAAAUAGUUAAAACCCCUAUCAAAGCAUGCACAAAACUGAAAAGCGCAGUAAACUUUGACAUAUUAGUCAUUAGUCCUAUAUGAUAAUAUUACUAGAAGUUCAUUUGGGAAAUAUUAAUAAAGCAAUAAUAUUGAAUAUGAAUAUAGUUUCCUUUGGGGCACCUACAUUUCUGAUAUGAUAGCGAUGAAUGGGAAAAAGAGAUGGGUGUAUUAAAAAAGGUUAUUUUUUGUACUAGAUCUAUAAGCUAAGACAACGCCCACAACUUUCGCUAUCUCUGGCACCAUAUCAGUCAAUGUCUAUACAAGUGCUGGCACCUGUUUCUAGGCUUGCAAUUAAAAAGUAAUCAGUCCAUAGACACACAUUUAUUCUGUCUAUGCUUCAAAAUACUGGGGAAAAUGGCCAACACAUUAUUUUUUAACUUACAGAGAAGCUUUGCACGUUUUCCUGACAUUACACACACCUCUCUAAUGGCUCUGAGAGUGCCGCUCCUCCAUUGUCUUUGUAGCGUACAGAAAAAAAGAAGAAAAUUCAGUACUGGAGAUGCGAUACGCACGUAGCACCAACAUUUGGACCCUACUGGCAAAACAGAACCACGAUCAGCACAAAUCCUGCACAUUCCUGUGCAUGCUUUUACUCCAUCCACCUUUCUACAAAUUGUGAGACAUUCACCAGCUGUUCAAGUCCUAAAAUAUUUUUAUUCUGAUGUCUUCAUAUUUAGUUCCAGUGUAAAAGGAGUUCUUGUAUUUCAAAUAUGGCGGCGCUGUUGGCGUCUCAAACUGCUAACUAUACGGCAUCUAGUUAUUCUUUUGUCAUUCGUUCUAAAGCUAGUAGUAGCUGUUUUACAUCCAGACCUCAUACAUUUUUAGGAGCAUCAUUAUUAAAAACACAUUGGAAAAUCACUAUUUUUACCAUCCCAUUUUUGUGUCUUUAGAGCUAGCAUUGCUUCUCUUGUCAAACUAAACAAAGCUGCUAGCAUAUUGUAAAUUCUUUCUUUUGUUGUAGCCAGCGUUUCUGUUUGCGGUUUGCCCCUAAUUUCUAAAGACCAAUAUUUCCGAAUUAAUAAAGAUUUAAUGCACUUGGAACAUUUUUCAGCAACUCUAAAUUUUAUGUAGUAUUAUUGACUGUUGCAUGGAAAUAUAGCUACUAUCUUUAUUUGUUUGUCUUUCCCCCCCCCUAGCUAACUUGAUAAUAGUACGCCCAUGUGGUCAGGGGUUUCAUGUCAUUGUGUUCUUGCACCGCAUUCCUCGCUCCAUCUUUAACAACACAGCAGCUGCUCUCAAACUAAAUGCUGUUUGAGCACAAAGAGCCCAGUGGUCAAAAAUGCAUCAAAAAAUUAAAUUAUCCCAUUGUG